AGUCGUCCCAUCUCUAUUACGUGAAAAUCCCGUACUCCAUAGCAUUCAUUUUGACAGUUGCUCUUCGUGUUCAUUAUGUGAUGUAAUCGGAUGCGAACAACAAUGGCGUCUGUUGAAAACAAACAGCAAGAGCUGCUAACAGAUUCAAGUAUUCAGUUCUAUCAACCAACAGCUGCAAUCGAAACCACAACACCUACGGCUAUCAGUGAAACUGAUACGUUAGACGAGAUUUCCUGUAGAUCAAUAGAAUCCAACCAAAACAAACGCUAUAAAUCAACGCAAAACGAAUCCAAUGCAUCGUGCACCAGCAAUACGAGUAUACUAGAAGAACUGUCAACAAACGGUUCUCGUUCGGCAGAAUUUGAAAACAGAUUGGACAAAGCAGAACCAUAUCUGCAAAGUUACCCAGGUACUUCGAAUUCAGCGCACGACAGAAAUGUUUUUACAGCGAAAUUCUUAGAAAAGUUGCUGAUACAUUCUGAAGAAGGGAAAGAAAUUUUACACUACGCCUCGAAAACGGAACUUUCCGAGGCCAAACAGCUAGUACUAUCAAGCAUUAUUGCAAAGCAUCACUUGAAUACCAGAAAAAAGCUUUUAACUGAAGACCUUCGAACAUACGCCCUAGCAGUGACGUCACUUUUUAAGUUUGAACGACUGGAGAAUUAUUUCAUACCGAGGAGCGGGGAUCGGAAGAACCAUGGCGGAAAAAUUGCCAACAAAAUAGGUAACUUAAAACAAAGAAAACGCAAAUGUGAAGCUAAAGAGAACGCAUACCAAGCAUCCACACAAACAACAAUCGAUUCUCAAUCUACUCGGGAUGUUGCUGCCGAAGAAGCUGCUGAGUGGUUGAUGCUGAAUAGUGAGCCAUGGUCUGUUGUCUUAGAACGGUGGAGAGUUAGCUACGAAGCACGCAAAGGGCACUUAUUGUCACGGAAGUGCAUCACCAAGAUUUUUACAACAUAUCCGCAAUACAAAUGUCAGCAUGGUUUUCAACUGAUCGACAUAGAUUUUCAGAAAGCUUUUCCCAACGCGAAGAAUGGAUUGAAGGAAUUACUACAGCUGGUACCACAGGUUACAGAAUAUAUUUCUAAGAAAGCCGUGGACCCAUCGGCCGUAUCUUUACUUGAAAGAUUGACUGAUGAUACAACAAAUAACGAUAAGCAAAUUUGUACACUUUUGCUUGCUCUAAACACUGUGCUGCCCCCAAUUACGGCCGCACCUCAUUUUAAACCUACCAUUUUAGUUGGGCAAGAGGAUACACUCAUUUUCGUUGAUUCUAAAGAGUUAGCUCAAUCAAAAAUUCAUGAAAUCUACCGAAGUUACACAGAGCUGGAUCUUCCAAUCGUGCCUAAAUUAGUUGCAGUGGGUGAAAACUUGGACCAAUUGCAGGGAACAUUCUUUGUCUGGUAUGACGAUGUGUGUUAUGAGCUUCAAUCGGCAUCAAGAGCAGUUGAUGUACUAAUUAAACUGACUGCAAUCCUUGGACUCCCUUUUUCGAAAAUUUCGAAAUUGGUUUGGCACUUUCUCAGUGGUUACAUUUACGGCAUAAAUCAACAAGAGUCUUAUGCUUCCAUCAAUAGACUUCGGACUUAUCUCGAGACGAAAAAGGCAAAUAGCACAUUGUGAACAUGACUCGGAUCACCUGCAUGAUAUCUGGAUGUACGAUUCUCUCUGCAUCACCAAUAGAAUACCUUACACAUCUUAAGGAUUACCAUCAAGUUCCAUCCGUUUAUCAAUAUAGAUGCACGAUAUCGGGUUGUCACCAAGUGUUCUCUAAGGUAUAUCCAUUCAAAAAACAUGUUAGUCAUCAUACCGGAUUGCACAAUGACAGCAGUAGAACUCAGCAUGAUAUGUCAUCACAGGAGAAUUUAUCUAUUUCGCUAGAUGUAGCAAAUGCUUCAUCAUGCUAUUCCGAAGGUUGUUCGUCAAAAAUCAGGCGUAUUGAAUGCAGUGAUAAUCAAUCUGAACACGUAAACCGAGAACCAAUCAAUAUACUUAAUCAAAUGGCGCUAAACUUAACUCUGUACAUGCAUAAACAUAAUAACUUUACCCGAAAAGAUGUGUAUCAAAUUCAAAAUGAAAUAAGCCUUAUGUUUUCAGAGAUAGCAAAUAAUUUAGAAAAGUUUAAACAAUACGUAACUGAUUCAGAGAACAGUUUCAACUAUCAGAAUCAAAUCGAAAAGAUGAAAACCAUAUUUGAUUUUAUAAAUACAGAUCAUAAGUUCUUUAAAUAUAUGAAAAGUUGUGUAGGAUUUGAACUGCCAACCAUAGUCACCAUAGACAAAAAUGACGAUAUUGCUUCUAAAUUGUUAGAAGGCGAAAACGACUACGAAAGCGUCCAUGUAAAUAAUUACUUGAUAAUAAUGCCUAUUGAAUUUCAAAUCAAAGCCUUUUUUGAAUGCACUAAUGUAUUGAAAUCCACAUUACAAAAUAUAGAACAGCUACACAAAUCGACCGAAAUUUCAAAUUACAUAAAUGGAAGUACAUGGAAAGGUAUUAAACACAAAUAUGAAAAUGAAUACAUUGUCCCAGUAUGGUUAUAUGCCGACGAAUAUGAAAUUAAUGAUUCGCAAAGUUCACAUAGUAAUAGACACAGUAUUUUUGGAAUAUAUUAUAAAUUUCCAACAAUACCCAAGGAAUACCAAUCCAGAUUAUGCAACAUUUUUGUAGCCGGAAUGGCGCAGAAAUCAGAUAUCAAAGAAGUAGGAAUGAAUAAGCUUAUGCGCGCUCUAGUCGAUAGAUUCAAAAAA